AUGGAGUCAGCAGAGAGCCUACGGAACAAAUGUGCAGCCUGCUUCAGACAGUUCAACAGAAUGGAGCACCUGGUUCAUCACAUGAGAACUAUGUAUCAUUCAGUUCAUGAACCUACUUGCGGAAUUUGUAAGAAACACUGCAAGUCGUUUGAAUCUUUAAGGGAACAUCUUAUAGGCCCAUUGCCGAAACAAGAAUGCAAGAAUUUGUUCAACAUCCAAGGAUGCAAAUUCUGCUUAACCAUCCUGGAUAGCCCUUAUGCUCUUAGGAUUCAUCAAGACAGAUGCCAGCUCUCCGGAGGAAUGCUGGCUCGCCUGGCUAAUUUAGGUCUUCAAGAUAGCUUGACUAUCGACAAUGGUUUUUCAAGAGGCCAGCAAGUGGUUGCUCUGGCAUGCAAAAUGGUUGGUGGUGGCAGUGAUGGCUCAUUGGAUAUUUGUGCAAGGGUUUGCAUCAUUGAUGAAAAUGAGAAUAUAAUUUUCCAUACGUAUGUCAAACCAUCAAUUCCAGUAACAAACUAUAGGUAUGAAACCACUGGCAUUCGACCGGAAUAUUUGAGAGAUGCAAUGCCAUUGAGACAAGUGCAAAGAAGGAUUCAAGACUUCCUUUGCAAUGGAGAACCAAUGUGGAGAAUUCGAUCAGCUAAAGGUGGAAAAGCUAGGAUUCUGGUCGGCCAUGGUCUUGAUCAUGACCUUGACCGUCUGCAAGUAGAAUAUCCAGGAAUCAUGAUAAGAGAUACUGCGAAAUAUCCGCCCUUGCUGAAAACAAGCAAACUUAGCAACUCACUCAAGUACUUAACCCAAGCGUACCUGGGGUAUGACAUCCAAACUGGAAUUCAAAACCCUUAUGAGGACUGUGUUGCAUCAAUGAGGCUUUACCUGAGGAUGAGGAACCAAGUUCAUAGGAGAGAAGAAUAUCCAUUGGCUUCCGACCCUCAAAAUCAAAACAACUUUGCAUCAUGGAUGUCCCCAGAAGAUAUGCUGGCUAUCUCAAGGUCUGAUUACUACUGUUGGUGCUUGGACUCUGCAUGA